UAAAAACGCCCCGCUAAAAGAAUCAUCCUCCGAGAGCCGGAACCAGGCACGCCAGGCUGCCUUCGCGACGCUACCUCUCUAUACAACCUGUGUUCGAGGCUCUGUGCUUGAUAGCUGGAUCUUGCACAAAACAUGGCGUCACUCGUGCGGGCGCCGCCCCUGUUGUUCCCGGCGACCGCGCGGCACACCGCGACCGUCAUCUUCGUCCACGGUUUAGGCGACACGGGCCACGGCUGGGCGGGCGCCGUUGAGAACUGGCGGAGGCGGCAGCGCCUUGACGAGGUCAAGUUUAUCCUUCCCCAUGCACCAUCAAUUCCCAUCACUUGCAACUGGGGGAUGAAGAUGCCGGGCUGGUAUGAUAUCCACACUAUUGACGGCAAUGCCGAGUCCCUCCGCCGCAAUGAGGACGAGGCCGGCAUCCUGCAGAGCCAGGCGUACUUUCACGAGCUCAUCCAGAAGGAGAUCGACGCUGGCAUCCCUCCCGAGAGGAUUGUGCUGGGCGGCUUCAGCCAGGGCGGUGCCAUCAGCAUCUUUUCCGGCCUGACCUCGAAGGUGAAGCUGGCGGGCAUCGUGGCUCUCUCGUCAUACCUGCUGCUGAGCCUCAAGUUCAGCGAUCUGGUGCCCAAGCCAGAGUUCAACAAGGAGACGCCCAUCUUCAUGGGUCAUGGUGAUUCCGACAAGGUAGUGAACACAGAGCUCGGAAAGAUGUCGUACGAGAUGCUCAAGGGCAUGGGUUACAAUGUAACAAUGAAGAUCUACAAGGAUAUGGGACACUCGGCCUGCCUGGAGGAGAUGGAUGAUGUCGAGGCGUUUUUGAGGGAGCGGUUGCCGCCGUUGGGCGACAACAACGCCAAGUCGGAGCUCUAGGUCGUCUUUUUUUUAAUUCGUCUUCUGGUUUCGAGGAAUAUCAUGGGUCAUAUCACUUUGUGAACGAACUGGGCAUUAACAAGCGACCAUAGAAGGAUUUAGCGCUCCUUCUACUUCGAAGCGUACGCAAUUGUUCGUCAACUCUCGUCGUCCCUCGACGAACAUUCCAUUGAAGACGACCCCACCAUGUCCACUCUUCACAAUGAGGUCUGUGCGCCAUUAUCACCCCCCCACCCUCG